GGACUGAAACGUAAAAAGUCUUCGUCCUCCACCCCCUCAACCCCCACUCUGGGUGAUUCACUCCCCGUGAAGUUAUCCACUGCUGGGUUAGAUUGCGCUACACCGGCUACGGUUGGUAUGUCUCAGAGCCCACUGCCUCAGCUGCCGCAGCGAUCGGCACCUCCUCCACUGAAUGAAACAAGCGAUCCCCUACGCAGCUCCUCACUUUCCCGAGCUGGAACCCCACAGCAUCAGCAGCAGACUAAACAAUCAGCUGCUCUCAUCGCCUCCGAUGAGGAGUGUGACCGACUCCGGGCAGCUCUGGUUAUCAGUCAGGAUGCCACCGUCGUCCAGCUCCUCCUAGAAUUCUGUCUGCCUAGUGAAGAGGAGAAGCUUUCAGUGGCAAAAAACUUCAUAGGAUUUCUCAGUGAAUUAGCAAAGACACUUAAAGAUGCUAUUGUUUGGGCAGCAUUCUUGAUCCGUUUGCUUCAUGGCCUUGUCGAUUUAAGCGUACUCUUUGUGUCUCGAGCCUGUCGCGAAAUCUGA